AUGGCUUCGUCGAUAGAUAAAUCCAUUUUUAGUUCUGGCGGCAAGACCUUUGUGGGCUGUUCAGUUGAUGGGACUCGGCUUUUCGCUGUGAACAAGCAUGGACUAACUAAAGUAUUGCAACUUGACACACCGGAGGAGGAACCUGACGUUUUGGAAACGUGUGUUGACUUUACGUCCAUGGCAGUUGUCUCCAAUUCCAAAUGCAUUGUGACGUCCUUUAAGGGAGACGUUUAUCUGUUCAGCGCCCAAGAGUCUGAGAAUAAGCUUCUUCUCAGGUGUGCUCUACCCGUACGCGAUGUUGUGAUUGUUCAUAGUGGCAAAACAGUUGCUGUCGGUGGGGACGACUUGGAGGUCACGCUUGUUUCUUUAGCAGAUGAUACAGACCGAAACAAGAUUACUUUGAAACUGGAAGACCAAGUUCGUCAAAUGUCGUAUAAUCAGCAAAUGAGUAUUCUUGCCAUUUCUCAAGUGAAUGGUAUAAUUCACUUCUAUUCUAUGACUUCUACUAUUCCGCGUCACGUCCAUAGGCUCGAAAACUGCAUUGCGUCCCACUUUUAUAAAGAUGAUUUCCAUGACAAGCUUUUGCAGUCUGUCAACCCCGUCGAUGCUGACGAUGAUUUUGAGGGCGAAUUUCAAGAACCAGAGUAUUGCGAUGAAAAUCGGGCAUGUGCGCGUGUGGAAUGGCAUCCGCAUGGACUUCAGUUUGCGGUGCCUUGCCAAGACCGAGUUAUCAAAAUUUACAAUUUAAAGGAAUAUUCGCAGGUCAAAUCUCUAACGUAUUCUCAGAUAAAGCGCGAAUAUGUCGACUUAAAAUACAGUCCGCAAUCGGGAGCAUUUAUUGCAGCUGUCGACUUAGACAACAGGCUUACUAUUUGGAACGUUGCUACAGGUGAAAUUCACAACACAAGAGAACUUAGACAGAAAAUCACCAACAUCUGUUGGACUCUUCAAUCGAACAAUAGCCUUGACCUACAUCUAGGUACUUGGACUGGCGACACAGUAACUAUCCGAGGGGCUGCGGAGAACAUAUUGGAGAAACCUCCUCUCAGUAAAGAUACCGAGCAAUUGCAGAAAACGAAUAAUCUCUUUGUGAAUUCUGAGGACGAGGAUGAUAUAGAUGCAGUUCCACCUUUAACGGGUAGGGAAGGAGAAAAUAAGGGCUCUGGUGGUAAUAAUGAGUUACCUGGGUCUCAAGGUUUCACAGACGAUGAGGCUGAAGGACCUACGAAAAGGAUGUUUCACAACGAUGAAGACGAUUUCAUUGAUGACGAUGACGGGGCAGGUUAUGUGAUCAAAAAACCAAAAUACACCGGCCCUGCAGUAAGUACCAUGUCCUUCGCUAAAGAUACGAAGAUACCAAAGUUUCGCUAUCGGCCCUUUUCACCGGGUAGUACUCCUUUCGGGACCUCUGACAGACGCUAUCUCACAAUGAACAACAUUGGUUACACCUCCACCGUAAGAAAUGGUGUUGAUUCCUCCUCUUCCCGUUACACAGUAACAACUUCAUUUUUUGACUUGGGGCGCUUUAAAGAGUACCACUUUGAAGACCUGUUUGGUUACGAUAUCUGCUCUUUGACAGAGGAUGGCGUUCUCUUUGCACAAUCAAAACUUGGCCGUCUGCAUUACAGAGCUCACAAUGAUUUCCAAUCUUCGUGGAACAAAAGAGUACCGCUGCAAAAAUCUGAGAAGAUUACUUCAAUAGCAGCAACACCCAGAAGAAUUGUUGUGAGUACUUCACUUGGCUAUCUAAGAACAUUCAAUCAAUUUGGAAUUCCAUUGGAGAUUGAAAAAAUGGCACCGGUUGUAGCAAUAGCCGCCCAAGAUUACAAGAUUUUUGCGGUGCAUUUCUCUCCAUAUCACGGACUUUCUUACACGUUGUUCGAGCAAAAUCCACAGACCGGCAACAAGUAUUUUCAAAGAGAGAGCUCAUUGCCCAUCAAGCUUCCAUCAAAUUUAGACGAUGACGAGGAAUUCAGCGAGACUUUCUCGGCGUUUAAUCCGUUAGGUAUCAAAUCCCUUUUCUUUUCAGCAUAUGGUGAUCCUUGCAUAUUUGGGGCAGAUGAUGUACUGCUGGUAUUAUCAAAAUAUAGAUCUGCUGCUGAAAGUCGGUGGGUACCUUUGUUGGACUCCAAGUUCGAGUUAUGGAAGAGUUCGAACGGUAGAGAAAUCAACCAUUUACAUGUGUGGCCCUUAGGACUUACUUUCAACGUCCUUAAUCAUAUUUUGGUGAAGGGUCACAACAUCUGGCCAGAAUUCCCGUUGCCUUUGCCAUCAGAAAUGGAGGUCAGAAUUCCUUUACUUAUCAAAGACGAAAUUGAAAUAAACCGCGAUGCUGAUAAUGAACAGGAAAUGCAAAUCCCCCCAUACAUGGCUGCGGAAGAAGAAUUUGUCCGCUCAAAGGUCAUGAGCGUGCUGCUCAAUGACACUUUGGAGCACGAAGGUGAGGUCUACGGGAAUGAGACUCAAAUUCUUUUGGCUCUCAACAGCGCCUAUGACAAAUCGCUUUUGCGUUUAUUUGCCUCAGCCUGCUCCGAGCAAGAUGUUAGCAAAGCAGUUUCUCUAGCCCAAGAACUAAAGCAAGACAAGGCCUUAAAUGCCGCCGUUAAAGUUGCAGAAAGAGCCGAACUCAUGACCCUGGUGAAAAAGGUAAACGAUAUUCGAGAGUCCCGGUUUGAACUGCAGAUAAACAACAUCUAA